AUGGCUUCUUCUUCUCCUUUUAGUUCUUCCUGGACUUACGACGUGUUCUUGAACUUCAGAGGCCCAGACACUCGUCGCGUUUUCACUGCUCCUCUUUGUGAGGCUCUACGACAGUCAGGAAUCCAUGCUUUCAUGGACGACGAUAUUGAAAGGGGAGAAGAGAUCUCUGCCUCAUUAGAGCAGGCAAUUGAAAGGUCACGAAUUGCGAUCGUAAUUUUCUCUCCAUUUUAUGCUUAUUCCCGAUGGUGUCUGGAUGAACUGCUGAAAAUAAUGGAGUGUCGAAGAACUCAAGAUCAGGUGGUUAUUCCCAUGUUCUAUAACGUAGAUCCGUCUGAUGUUCGUAAACAGAGACGCACAUAUGGUGAACAGAUGAAACGACACAGGCAAAGGUGGUUGGAAAGGAAUGAAACAUACUUCUCAUUAAGUUUUCAUGGGAGUGAGGUGAUACGGUGGGAGGAGGCGCUCACGGCAGUUGCCAACAUUGCCGGCUUUGAUUCUGCAAAUCCGCAUAAAAGUGAUCUGAUUAAGGAUAUUGUUGAGGCUGUUUCAGAAAAAUUAGAUGCUGGACAAUUGUUCGUUGUUGACCAUCCAGUGGGAAUAGAGUCACGAGUUCAUGAACUGACAAUUGAAUGGUCUCAAAGAAAACCAGAAAAAGCUCUUAUUAUAGGCCUUUGGGGGAUGGGAGGUGUUGGCAAAACAACUGUUGCCAAAGCCAUUUACAAUAAAAUUGGUCGUUAG